AUGAGGUUCAAUUCUCCUCUCCUUCUUUUCUCCAAUGUGGCUUUUGUGACCGGGCUCUCCUAUCAGCUCGCGUCCACAAUCCCGUGGAGUCCGAAGAAUGCAACCAGUGUCGAUCAAAGUGUCGUCUAUAAUGGGACAUACUACCUGGCUGACCGGACCAACAAGGCUGUACAUGUCAUUGAUCUGGCUUCCAGCAAAGAGACCACGGCGAUUACUGGUUUCAAGGGUCUAGUAAUGACCAAUAACAAAUCCGACUCUUCGGUAUCUGGACCUGACGGUCUGGUCGUCUUGCCCAACCGCGACGAGCUCUAUGUUGGGGACGGGGACGGCAGCGUCAAAGUGGUCAAUCUCAUGAACCAUACCAUUGUAGCGAGUAUCGUCACUGGCUCCCAGAAAAGAGCAGACGAGUUUGCCUACGAUCCCACAACACAAACUAUUGUCGUCACGAACCCAAAUGAUAAACCCCCAUUUGUUACCGUCAUCUCAGCCAAGACCCGAAAUGUGACCGGCAAGAUUGUUUUCAAUAAUGCAGACGGUCUCGAGCAGCCGGCUUUCAAUUCCGUCAACGGAAAAUUCUACGUUUCUGUUCCCAGUACUGAUGCAAACCCCGGCGGUGAAAUUGCCGAGCUCGAUGUCUCGGCUAUGAAUAUCACCAAAGUGAUUCCAGUAGCCGAAUGUGUCCCAGCUGGCAUUAUUUUUGGACCGAACCAGAACCUCUUUGUCGGUUGUAGCCAGGAUCAGAUCCUUACUUAUGGAGUGGCAUACAGUCUGGUCCUUGACAUCUCUACCGGCAAGGUCAUCGGCAAUAUUUCAGGCGUGGCUGGCAUUGACCAAGUCGCAUAUGAUCCCAGCGUAUCGCUUUAUUAUGCUUCAGCCUAUCAGAAUCUGGCUGGGGCUAACAAGUCGGGUAGCCCAAUGCCACAGCUUGCAAUAGUCGAUGCAAAGACGAACACCCUCCUGCAAACGUUGAAAACGGACAAUGUCACCGCUCAUUCCGUGGCUGUGGAUCCCGUGACAAACCAGGUGGUCGUUCCACUGUCAAAGGCCGGAAUUGAAGUGUACAGACUGAGCAUGGCCAACGCAACUUCGCCAAAUUCAUCGGCCACUGCAAGCGCUGCUGUGCCGUCCCAGACUGGUGCCGGUGCGAUCAACCACGCAUACGGACCCUUUCUCGGCCUUGUCACUCUUAUUGUGGCCGGCAUGCUGCUUGUGUAA